AUGACAGUUGAAAUCCAUCUACUGCGAGUAUUUUCUGCAGGCACAGGAGGUGGCAAUCCCCUACCGGUCGUGCUCAAUACCAAGCACAUGUCGAAUGCAGAGAUGCAAGCGAUCGCCACGCAGCACAGCUACGAAAGCGGGUUUGUCUUCCCCGCACCGGCAGACUCGCAUUGCGACUAUGAAUAUCGGUUCUGGACCCCCGGCCAUGAGAUGGAGAUGUGUGGCCAUGCGACACUAGGGAUUUCCUGGCUGAUGUCCAAGCGCGGCAUGAUCCCAGACAAUCUUCGAAUCUUGACCAAAAGUGGCAUUGUGGAUGUGAAGGUCACAAAGACUUCACAUGGUGCAGAUGACGAAAUUUGGGUCGAAGUGUCCCAGCCUAAAUACAAGGUCAUGGACCGCGUGGAAAACCCCGUCCAUGUGAUUGAGAUACUAUCUGUUUUGGGGAUCUCAAAAGGUGAUUUGGCCCCUGGGUUGCAUAUCCUGAAUGCUGCCACAAGCAGGGUGAAGACGCUGGUUCCGCUCAGAUCGGUUCAUGCGCUGCAUGCUUUAAAACCAGACUUUCCUCGGGUAAAAGAACUCUGUCAGACAAUUGGAAGUACUGGCCUCUACCCGUACGCUGUGUCCAACCUGGCAUUACAGGAAUACGAAGCAAGGCAAUUUCCGCAGAACGUUGGAUAUCCCGAGGACGCUGCGACUGGAAUUGCCGCUUCUGCUUUGGCAUUUAGAUUACUAGUCGAUGGAUCUGUGCAUGACAUGGAUCGGGCUAUUAAGGUCAGACAGGGCACAGCCAUGGGGAAACCAUCUGAGAUCAGUGUUCGAUUCAGAAAAUCGGGGGAUGACGUGGACGGUUGUUGGAUAGGAGGUACUGCUAUGUUCCAGACUGGUACAGAGACUCCAUGA